AUGGAUGACGGAUGUAUGGAUCCUCUGGUUGACAGUAACCAGCAGGGUGCAGGGACGCCAGCCAAUCAAACGUCUCCCAAAGACUUGGACAUUGACAGGGUUGUUUUACCUGCUCUCUACUUUUUAAUGCUCCCCGUGGCUUUCCUUCUGAACGGGGUUUCCGGCUGGGUUUCCCUGCACAUCAAAGCCUCUUCCAACUUUGUGGUGUACCUAAAAAAUCUAGUGGCCGCUGACGUUAUAAUGACCAUUAUCAUCCCGUUCAUGGCUGUGAAAUACUUGCCAGGUGCAUCCAACAGAAUAUACAUACUGUCAUGUUAUCUCAGUCCCAUUUUCUACAGUAUACGGUACACAUGCAUUGCUCUGCUGGGCUUAAUCAGUCUGGACCGCUUCUUCAAGAUCGUGAAGCCCCAGAGCAAGUUGUUUGGUCAGAAUCUGACUUUGAGCAAACUGAUAUCCGGCUUGGUCUGGGUGAUAAUGCUCGUAGGCUUCGCUUUACCAAAUAUGAUUUUGAGUAACAACUCACUAGGCAAUAUAACAGAGAUCAAUACCUGUAUGUUGCUGAAAGGAUCAGCUGGACGUACAGUCCAUGAGAACAUUGUGAUUUGCAUGAAUUUUUUCUUUUGGUUGGUCAGCCUGGUCAUUGUGGUCUGCUACGUUUGCAUUGCAAACAAGGUCAUCCAGUCUUUUCGGAAAUCUGGCAGCAACAACAACCAGGGAAAGCAGAAGAUCAAGCUACGCGUUUUCCUAGUUGUCAUGGUGUUUUUUGGGUCUUUCGGACCCUACCACAUUGUAAGGAUCCCAUACACGUUUCAACAAGUCAACUCUUUUUCCUAUUCUAGCUGCUCUUUUUUAAGCAGCAAGUUAGCAAAGGACCUCAGCCACUGGCUCGCCAGCUCAAACAUCUGCUUGGACCCGCUUCUCUACGUCUUUCUGUGUCGGGAGUUCAAGGAGAAACUCAACGACAUGUUCAAGAAGAUUUUGUAG